CAUCUACUCAUAAGUGCUUUGAAUAUUUGAAUGAAACUGUACAGCAAUCUAUAGUAAUACAAUCAACUGCAUGGGGAGACAUCGUAUUUAUUUCAAUUUUUUAAGUUUUAUCAAUGUAUCCUGUAUGGUUAUUAUAAUUCGUCAUGAUUAUUUCUGUUCACAAUUACAUUAUUUCAUGAAAGAUGCCCCAGCUGUGACUGUUGACCUCAGUAAUACGGAUCCGGAAGAAGAUACAAGCCUGCUUAUCUCAUGUAAAGCGACUGGUCGACCUAAUAGAUAUACUUACACAUCCAUGUUUCAAACUUUGGGAGCUGUGAGCAUACCAAAUACACAUUUACCUGCUAAUGGUAUCAUAGAUAUUAAGAAUCUUAAGAUUAAAGACAGCGGAACUUACACUUGUCUUGUUAACAACGGUAUUGCAGACAGAAAUAACAAGCUGGACCAGACUGGAAAUGUUACAGUCGUAAUUAAAGCAUCUCCCAAAGUACUGCUUGAGGAUACAAAAUCUGCAGGAGCAACUUCAAGUAGAGUUUAG